GAGCUCAGGGUGUCGGCAUUCGGCAGUGUUUCUAUGACAACGUGCCUAUGACGUGACCUAUUUCGACACUUGCACUCGAAAUGCUGUUGCUGGCCAUGUCGUUGCCGUCAUGCCGACGCGAGGAAGUCGGCACGGAAUGACGAUAGCUUAGUGACGGUAAAUCUCUCGUCAUUCACACAAGCAUCGGCAUCAACAUGGCGGAUAUCUACUUGUUCCUCGCUGAUGCUGGCGUAUGCGAAGAUGAAAGGGCACGCGUCUUUCGCAGACACCGUGACGCCUUUACAGCGCUAGACGAGGAGCAGUUUAUUGCCAAGUUCCGCCUCUGCAAGGACGCAGCCAGAGAGGUUUGCGACGCUGUCGCAGGGGAUCUGCAAAGACCACAGCAAUGGCGCAGCACCACUCUACCAGUUGCGCAAAGGGUGCUUAUGGCACUUAGAUUUUACGCAACUGGUGCGUUUCUUAGCAACAUCGCAGAGGAGGAAGACUUCCUUACGAGCAAGCGACCAGUGUCGGAGUCCAUUCAUGAUGUCAGCACUGCAAUCAUCCGUAACCUUGCCCCGCGAUACCUGAAGUUUCCCAUGUCACCCGAGGAAAAGUUGAGGGUAAAACGAGGCUUUUACGAGAUUGCAGGUCUGCCUGGCUGCCUUGGCGCAAUUGAUGGGACAGCGAUUUCAAUAAUGGCUCCAAGCAGGACAGACCAACGUUUUGUGGAUGGUAACUAUUACUGUCACAAGGGAUACCAUGCCAUCAACGUGCUUGGGGUGUCGGACGCUACUCGCCGCAUCCUUUACCUAAAUGCAUGCUACCCAGGGAGCUGCCACGAUUCAGCUAUAUGGAGUUUGUGUGACCUCCGUCGCCAGGCUCCUCAACUGUUUGCAGAUGGCGAAUGGCUUUUAGGUGACCUUGGCUAUCCUCUUGAGCCCUGGCUCAUGACCCCAGUUCGCAGCCCUGCAACGAGUAGCGAGGAAGCAUACAAUGAAGCCCAUCGUAAAACAAGGGUCCGAGUUGAGCAAACAUUUGGUGUUCUGAAAAUGAGGUUCAGAUGCCUGCAGCGAUACAGGACACUACACUUCUCACCGGAUCGAGCCUCCAACAUAAUAACAGCAUGUGGAAUUCUGCACAACAUGUGCCACAAAUACAACACUCCUGAGCCAGCAUAUGAGGAAGAACCAGAGAACUAUGAGGAUAACAGUGCAGGAGCGUUGGAUAUAGACAUCGACGAAGCCGAUGAUUUAUCUGUUGUAACCAGGGGACUGUCUAGAAGGAGCCAGAUAAUAAGGCAAUAUUUCUGAUGCUUUACAAUUUCUUCCAUUUUCAGUGCUGUUAAAAUAUUCAGUAUUGUAAAUAUGCUGGUGAUUUCACCUUUGUAAGUAGCUUCUGGAGUAACUAGGCCUGCAAGUACCGUAAUUUCACACGUAUUAGCCGUGGCUUAUGCGCGAUUUUUUUCUCUCACGGACGCUCCGCGGCUUAUCCACCGGUGUGGCUUAUCUGAUGACUAUUUUUUCCUGGCAUCUUCCCCAUACGUCGGUUUUAAUGAAAGGGCCGACAAUGUCUCUGGACUAGUUCUGCCCCGCCGAUGCACGAACAGGGACGGGUCCACAUUCGAGUAGAUUGAUCUUCCUAGUGCAUUCCUCCAUGCAGCUUUAACGAAAGCGGUGACAGUGAUUCACGUCUACUGCAAGACCACUGACCCGUCAAUCCAUGAAAAACGCCACACAAGGGCACAAUCCGAUAUUUGUAAAACUCUAGAGCUGACCUCCUUUGUUGAACAAUAUGCCGACUUGGAGUAUGGACCACAGGGUUUACGGCUGCCUUUAUGGUUUCAUUUGUCGCACAAAUGAGUCGUCUCGUAUUGCCCGCGCCUUAUCUGCCAGUGCAGCUUAUCCGCCAGAAAAAUUUCAAAACGUUCCUAAGAACGCGUCCUGCGGCUAAUCUGCGGUGCGGCUUAUACGUGUGAAAUUACGGUAUAUGUAAUAUUUUAUGUUUCAUGUAAUGCAACAAAAUCGAGAGAGAGAGAGAGAGAUACAUGAUGACAAUGAUAUCGAGUUAUCCACGUUGUGUGAGGUUUCUGAAUAACAGCAUGGUGGCAUUGCAGUCAUAUCUAGCGAGAGAAUGUUCUCACUUAAAGUGUGUCAGUUUGUUCUGCAAGUUCACAUUUAAUGCUCCUGAAUGGUUUUCUGCCUUGUUUAAACAUAUAUCAAGUAUUCACAACAUGCGUGUUCCUUUCUGCGUUGUUUUAUUUCUGCUUGCACGUUUUACUUUGCACUAAGGUUAUAAAGAUUUUCUUCCAGUUUUUAAAAAUGUUAGCUUCAGUCCUCUCUUCUCUGGUUAUGACUGUUUCCCUCGUAUUCAUUUCAGUGUCGAAAAUCAGCACUUGCACAGGCCGUGCUGAUAGCUAUUUUGUAGCAACGAUGUUUCACUCACCCAAGGUGAGCACACAACAUACUAGAAUACCCUCCGGACUAUGGCACAUUUUGUUGCCUCAUUCUCUCCAGCUUCAGCCUGUAGUACUCGCUGAUGGGUGUCAUUGCCUAUAUGAGAAAGCAAAAAAACAAAUUUGCAAUUAAGAUGUAAUGGAGGAAUAAUUCAACGGUGAUCUCAUUUUUGGGACGUGUAGCAACAUAAGAAGGCCCCUUUUCGCCAUGGGGGCCACCCCCACUGUCCACAUAGCAUUUAAUUGCUGUCACUAAAGCACCACACAAUUAUCAUGUUUAUGAGGAGAAAACUAACAGAUCGCACUGGGUGAAACUGAACUUUGAAGCUUACAUUAACUACUAACCUUACAGUGAAAAUGUAUGUAUAAGACUAUUGCGAAGCAAGUACAAGAGAAAAAAAAAUAUGAAGAACGCUGGAGUGCAAUAUAAACCAGGUCAUUCAUUAUGGUCAACAUUCUAUAGCGCAUAACAUGUACAUUUUCGCAUCACUUAGUUUGAGACUGUGUGCGAGAGUGCGUAUGUGUAUUUCUUCACGUUGUGCAUGCUCAAGUGUAAGUUCUAAUUCUUGGUAACAGUUAUUGUAUAUUUGUAUGUAGUACCUCAGUGCCGUGCACGUGGAAUCUAUUAAAUUUCCACUUUUCAUUGG